ACGAACCUAUGUGUGCAACUGUAGUAUUGCGUUACUAAUUAGUUCACUAAAGGCUCAGUAUGACUUUUUCACCGGUGCAGUGAGUUAGUCGCACAAAAGGGAUCGGUUAAUCCAUCGGACUCGAUUUUUUUAAGAAAGCGGGAAUUCUUUAACAAUAUGGAGGAAAUUCAGCUUAGCACAGAUCAGAUAUCUCAUUUGCAAAUGGCAUUCGAUACGUUCGAUCACGACAAGAAGGGAUGUAUCAGCACGGAUAUGGUCGGUACGAUUUUGAGUAUGCUUGGUCAUGAAGUUUCACCGGACGAACUUGCAGAUAUUAUUUCAGAAAUUGACACAUGGGGAACUGGCGAACUAAAGUUCGAAGAGUUUUGUAAGUUAGCGUCGCGCUUUCUCGAAGAGGAUACCGAUUCCGAAGCGGUACAGCAAGAGCUACGAGAGGCAUUCCGAUUGUACGAUAAGGAAGGCAAUGGCUAUAUUACUACCGACGUGUUCCGAGACAUCCUUCACGAACUGGAUGAUGCGCUAUCUCCAGAGGAGCUUGAUAUGAUCAUAGAGGAGGUGGACACUGAUGGAUCUGGCACGCUCGAUUUCGAAGAAUUCAUGGAGGUCAUGACAGGAUAAAUUACGACUUUGGCACGACGCGGAUCCCUCGUCUAUCGCCCACGUGUCGAACACAACGAAUGUGUAUAUGCAAACAAGCCGAAAUCUCCUACUCGAGGUUGUACGUGACGUUGGCAGAGUGUACAGUUUACCCGAUAAUCAAGAAAUAACCAUAGAAUAUAAAUUUUGAAAUAUACGGAUGUUAUAAAGCGAAAGGAUGGGGAUUGAGAGAAUAGAGAGACUCGAAGAUUUUUUAACGAAACAAUACGCAGGAAUAUCUAUGUUCGUACGUAUUUAUGUUGAAUAUAAGUCAGGAAAGAAACUUUGACAUAACAUUUGUAGUAUAAAAGCGACAAUAAUUGGUAUCGUGGAAUUUAUAUAUCCAUUAGCUUGCACACUCUGUCCUUUGUGCCAGGAUUUUGGCACAUGCGUUGCCAAAUGUAAAUUGUAAUUUUAUCAAACGUUGAAAUAUUUUGUAAUGCACUUUGCCCACGUCACGUAUAAUUGUAUAUCCGACACAAGAAGUAAUAAAGCAAAAUAUAUACAGAAAUAAAAUUUAACGAAUCGACUAUAUCACACAGAAUAUGUAUAAAAUAAAAAAAACUCAAAAAAUCAUAGAGAAGUAUAUUUCAUAGAGAAGUAUACAAAUGAAAAAUAAUAUUUAAUAAAAAGACUUUAUUCAGA